CUGAAAAAGCAGAGUGUUGAAUUUUAAAAAACAAAAGAAGAGCAGAAAAGCUUUGGUUAGUUCUUCGGAAGCAGUGAGAGCUAUUCUUUUCUGUUAUGGACUAUUAGCACUGAGAAGUAAAGCAAAAGGGAAAGCUCGGGUCUCGUCAGUAUGCCAUCCACCAUUCACAAACAAAAUCAAAGGCCAAAGCUCAAAAAGCUCAAAAGCAGGGGAUCUCUAAUUCCUUUCUUUCUCUCGGAGACACCGAAAGACGCUUACCCCACUUGAGCAAAAAGGAAUAAUCUCUGAUACUUUUCUGCACAGAAAAAAAUGGUCAUUCCUCCAUUAAACCCUCCAUUGCCUAUUAUAGAGCAACAUCUAUUCUCUGUUUCACUGCUGAAACAAAACCCAGAUAGGCAACACAGCGAAACCCAUCGAUCGUUGUUGUUCUUGUUGCUUCCAGAGUUACUCUGCCAGAAAUGGCAAGUACGAGUGGCACUAAGAGUGAUGGUCUGUCCAAAUCCCUUUCCAAGAAGAUGACAAGAAUGCGGACAGGGGCACCAGUCGAUGGUCCUGAAGAAGAAGGCAUUGACAGUGAAAAACUCGUUCCAUCGUCACUAACCGAGAUCGUUCCAAUUCUUCGUGUUGCCAAUGAAAUUGAGCACGAGAACCCCAGGGUCGCUUACCUCUGUCGCUUCCAUGCAUUUGAGAAGGCUCAUAAAAUGGAUCCGUUGUCAAAUGGUCGUGGCGUUCGUCAAUUCAAAACAUAUCUUCUGCAUAGACUAGAAAAGGAGGAAAGGGAAACAAAACCUCAGCUUGCAGGAAAUGAUCCUAAGGAAAUACAGAAGUUCUACUAUAUGUUCUAUGAAGGAAAAGUUAGGGACGGCCAUUACAAGAGAAAACCGGAGGAUAUGGCCAAGAUCUAUCAGAUUGCUUCGGUGUUAUAUGAUGUUGUGAAAGCUGUGGUGCCUUCUGAGAAAAUUGAUCCACAGAUAAACAAAUGGGCUGGAGAAGUUGAUAUGAAAAAGGAGCAGUAUGUACACUAUAACAUUCUUCCGUUGUAUGCCACUGGAGUUAAGCCAGCAAUAAUGGAACUUGCUGAGAUCAAAGCAGCGAUUAAGGCUCUGCAUAAGGUGGAUAACCUUCCAAAGCCCAGAGUUCAAUCGACACCUAAUGAGCCUGAUGACAGGGAUAUAGCCAUCCAUGAUUUGCUUGAUUGGCUUUGGCUAGCUUUCGGGUUUCAGAAAGGAAAUUUAGCAAAUCAGAGGGAACACUUAAUAUUGUUACUGGCAAAUGCUGAUAUAAAGAAUAAGCAACUAGAGGAUUAUGGCCAGCUGGAUAAUGGCACUGUAGAGAAUUUGAUGAAGAGAAUCUUAAAAAAUUAUUACUCAUGGUGUAACUACUUGCAUAUUGAACAAAAUGUCAAGAUCCCGCGUAAUGCUGCUGACAGUCAACAGUUACAGCUACUUUACAUUGGAUUGUAUCUUCUCAUUUGGGGUGAAGCUUCAAAUAUUCGAUUCAUGCCAGAAUGUAUUUGCUACAUCUUCCAUAAUAUGGCUAAAGAGCUUGAUGGGAUCCUGCACGGCAAUGUGUAUUCAGUUAGUGGAGGUACAUUUCGACCAGCACACCAGGGUGAGGAGGCAUUUCUGCGUGAAGUUGUGACACCCAUCUACCUGGUCUUGCGCAAGGAAGCCAAGAGAAACCAAGGAGGCACUGUAAGCCACUCAAAGUGGAGAAAUUAUGAUGAUCUAAAUGAAUAUUUUUGGUCAGAUAAUUGUUUUAAGUUGGGGUGGCCAAUGAACCGUAAAGCAGACUUUUUUGUGCAUUCUGAUGAGACACAACCUAGAAAUGAGCAACCCAACACUGUCACUGCUGGAAGGAGAAAGCCUAAGACAAAUUUUGUUGAGGUCCGUACCUUUUGGCAUCUUUAUAGAAGUUUUGACCGAUUGUGGGUAUUCUUCAUUUUGGCUUUCCAGGCUAUGGUAAUAGUUGCAUGGAGCGCUAGAGGGUCACUCUCAUCUUUCUUUGAUGCGGAUGUGUUCAGAAAUGUUAUGAGCAUUUUUAUAACUUAUUCUUUACUUAAUUUCUUGCAAGCUAUGCUGGAUAUAAUUCUUAGUUGUAGAGCUUGGGGAAGCUUGAAACCUACCCAAAUUGUUCGGUACCUCCUGAAAUUUGCAGUUGCAGCUGUAUGGGUAGUAGUCCUUCCCAUAGGCUAUUUCAGCUCUGUGCAGAAUCCAACAGGACUAGUAAGAUUUUUCAGUGGUUGGAUCAAUAAUUGGCAAAGCCAGUCAUUCUUUAACUUCGCCAUUGUAAUUUUUAUGAUGCCCAAUAUAUUGGCUGCAAUAAUAUUCAUUCUUCCGCCUUUACGGAGAUCAAUGGAGCGUUCAAAUUCACACAUUAUUGUCCUUAUUAUGUGGUGGGCACAGCCAAAACUGUAUGUUGGAAGGGGCCUGCAUGAGGGCUUCUUGUCUCUUCUCAAAUACACUCUCUUUUGGAUCCUUCUGCUAAUCUGCAAGUUAGCAUUCAGCUACUAUGUUGAGAUAUUACCUUUAAUUGGACCUACGAAAGUGAUCAUGGGGUUGAAAGUUGGUACUUAUGUGUGGCAUGAAUUUUUUCCUAAUGUAAAGUACAAUAUUGGUGUUGUUAUUUCUAUAUGGGCACCAAUUGUUCUGGUGUAUUUCAUGGAUGCACAGAUAUGGUAUGCUAUUUUCUCUACCAUAUUUGGUGGUAUCAGUGGAGCCUUCAGCCACCUGGGUGAGAUUCGGACUCUUGGGAUGUUGCGCUCCAGGUUUGAUUCUGUGCCAGCAGCUUUCACUAAACGUCUUGUGCCACCAAAUGAGGAUUUCGAAAGUAACCCCAUGGAUGAGUCAUUGCAAAGAAAGAACAUAGCUAAGUUCUCCCAAGUGUGGAAUGAGUUCAUCAUUUGUCUGCGCAAGGAGGACUUACUCAGUAAUAGGGAGAAGGACCUGCUUCUUGUACCAUAUUCUUCAAGUAUUGUAUCUGUUGUCCAGUGGCCACCGUUUCUCCUAGCCAGUAAAAUACCUAUAGCAUUGGACAUGGCAAAAGAUUUCAAGGGGAAGUCGGACACUGAUUUAUUUAAAAAGAUUAAAAGUGAUGAGUACAUGCUCUCUGCGGUGGUUGAAUGCUAUGAAACACUCAGAGAUAUACUGUAUGGAAUUUUGGAUGACGAGGAGGAUAUAAUGUUUGUCAAUCACAUAUGUCUUGAACUGGAUGCUAGCAUACAUCAGCAUAGAUUCUUGAAUGAAUUCAAGAUGAGUGAACUUCCUAAUCUCAGCUCUAAGUUGGAGAGACUUCUAAAUCUUUUGAAAGCUGAUUAUGAAGAUGUUGAGUCAUAUAAGACCCAAAUAAUCAAUGUCCUUCAGGAUAUUAUGGAGAUCAUUACGGAGGAUGUUAUGGUUAAUGGGCAUAAAAUAAUGGAAAGAGCUCAUGCAAGGAGAGAGGAUAACGACAGCAAAGAACAAAAAUUUGAAAAGAUAAAACUUGACCUAAUGCUGGAUAGAUCCUGGAUGGAGAAGGUUGUUAGACUUCAUUUGCUGUUGACUGUUAAGGAAUCUGCAAUAGAUGUGCCUAUGAAUUUGGAAGCACGCCGCCGCAUCACUUUCUUUACUAAUUCCUUAUUUAUGAAAAUGCCAAAUGCUCCAAAAGUCCGAAAUAUGCUGUCUUUCAGUGUCUUGACGCCAUACUACAAAGAAGAUGUCCUCUAUUCUGAGGAGGAACUUGAGAAAGAGAACGAGGAUGGAAUAUCGAUUUUGUUUUACCUACAGAAAAUAUAUCCUGAUGAAUGGAGCAAUUUCCGGGAACGUCUUAAAGAUCUGAAGACUCGUGAUGCUGCAAUAGACGUGAUGGAGUUAACUCGUCAGUGGGUAUCUUACAGAGGUCAGACACUUUCUAGGACAGUGAGAGGGAUGAUGUAUUAUAGGCAGGCACUUGUGCUUCAAAGUUUCCUGGAUAUGGCAGGGGACCAUGAAAUUUUUGGUGGUUACAGGGCAGUGGAUUUAAACAAUAGGGAGGAAAGAGCUCUUGCUGCUAAUUCACAAGCUGUUGUAAAUAUGAAGUUCACCUAUGUUGUUUCCUGUCAGAUCUAUGGCCAACAGAAAAAAUCCAGUGAUCCUCGUGACCGCAGUUGUUACCAGAACAUUUUAAAUCUCAUGUUACAGUAUCCAUCUCUGCGUGUUGCUUACAUAGAUGAGAGAGAGGAGACUGUUAAUGGGAAUCUAGAAAAGGUUUAUUACUCUGUUCUCCUCAAGGGAGGGGAUAAAUUUGAUGAGGAAAUUUACCGCAUCAAGCUCCCUGGUCUUCCAACGGUUAUUGGUGAAGGAAAGCCUGAAAAUCAAAAUCAUGCCAUAAUUUUCACCCGUGGGGAAGCUCUCCAGACCAUAGACAUGAAUCAGGAUAAUUACCUUGAGGAGGCUUUCAAAAUGAGAAAUGUUUUGGAGGAGUUUAUGCAAGAUCGUCGUGGGAAACUGUUUCAUCACUUGCUUGGUUCAUGUCCAAUCAGGAGACUAGUUUUGUUACUAUUGGGCAGAGAACCUUGGCAAACCCUCUCAGGUAAACAUAUCAUUCUUUAUGCACGAGUAGGGAAGAAAAUAAAUAUGAAAAAAUGGGAAAGGAACAUUCCUGUAACAUUAUGUUUGUUUCCCAGUCCCUGUUUUGAAAUAUGAACUGAUUUAUAUGAG